AUGUCGACUGAAUUAGUUUACUCCACAAUUGUCCCACCCUCGUCUAUUUCACCAAGCUGUGCGUCACCAGCUCAUUCGAAGAUAUGUUUCUCUUUCGCUUCUUCUGGUAUAUCCUGCACCUGUACGAAUCCUCCGCCUUCACUGCCUCCAAAUUUCUGUUCUACGAUCAACUGUGGUUCAUCGAGGAUAGCCCCCACAACUAUGCUGCCAUCCGAUUAUUCUACAGACGAGUCGUUCAUCUACGAGACAGUGGAAAUAACAACGGAAGUCUUGAUUUAUCCCACUCCUGACACAACUCAACUUUUGCCAAGCUUUGACGUCUCCUCCAUAAUCAGUCAAAGUACAAGGUUCUUCACAGAUUUUCCAAUCUCCAGCGAGAUUUCACGGCCAGAAACAACCAUUGGUCUAUCACCAUCUUACUCGUUUGACAGCGGGUUUCGUAGUUUUACCUCCAGUCAAAUGGAGUCCCUUGAAACUCAAGUUGAAACAACCUAUAUGGUGGAAACAUCGGAUAUAUCAUUCCCUAGUUCUGAAAUCGUAUCUUCAAACCUGGAGCCUUCAUACACCUACACUUCCCCAUCAUCGGAAUUAACCCCGUUUAGCACAUUAUUAGAUCGAUCUAUUGUUUCAGAGCCUCCAUUUACCAGUGUAUUCGAAUCGCAGACUUUAGACAUUUUCACCAGCUUGGCACCAUCCAUUGAGACAUCAUACUCCUUUCCUUACCCAGAGUUUUCUAGAUCAACCUUAAUUCCAGACAUUAGUGAAGUGGAUUCAAUAUUCACUGAUGUAUAUUGGACUGACAUCUAUGAAACAAUCACGACAGAAGUGUUUGAAUAUAUAACUACAGAUGUAUACGAUAGUCUGACAGUUAGUACAGAAGCCGAAGUACAACCACCCAGUACUAUAUUCUCUAGAACAAGUCAACCUAGUUUUCAGACACAAUCAACCCUGCAGCUUACAAGUCAAGAUCAAACUUCAUUGUCAUCAGCAGUCAUGGAAACAACUAUUCUUCCAAUAGAUACCAGCGUUAGCUAUAUCUCAUCAAUAAUAUACACAUCACUUGAGGAGUCCCCAGUAAUACCCAUUACUUCAAGUGUAUAUCUGACAACUACGGAUAUUGAGAGUGGAACAUCAUCUCCAGAUCUAGACACCGCGUCAUUUUUCUUUAGUACCAUUGUGGAUUCGACCACUAUUUUAGAAACUGAUAUAACUACUGGUGUAUCAUCCUUUGCCGAUUCGACACUGAUAUUUAGCAGUGAGGACAGAGUAACUUCUUUGGAAACGAUUACAUCUUCGCUCCUAUACAGCACAUAUGUGGAUUUUAGUACAGUUCUUGUCAGCGAUUCAUUGACUGGUAUACCGUCCAUGGCCGAUUCUACGGUGAUGUCAAUUAGUAGUAUGGAGACACCUUCUUUGGAACCAAGUACACCAUCGUUCCUGUACAGUACGGUUGAAGAAUUUAGCACUAUCAUAGUGACUGAUUCAUUUCCGGACUCGACGAUGUUGUUUAGCAGUGAGGUUGGAACCGCUUCUUUGCUACCAAUUUCACCAUCGUUCUUAUACAGCUCUGGAGUAGAUUUGAGUACCAGUCGACCUACUGGUUCAGCAAGUGAUGCUCCCACCAUGGGCGACACGACCCUGAUGUUCAUUAGUGACAGUCUGGCAACGUCUUUGGAACAAAUUCCGUCAUCUUUCAUGUACUUCAGUGUUACAGAUAUGAGCACCAUCCUCGUUACUGAUACAGUCAAGGAUGCAUCCUCCGUUCUUGACUCCACGAUGGUGUUCAGUACUGAGAUUAGGACCACUCCUCCGGUACCUACCACACCGUCGUUCCCAUACAGCUCUCUUGUAGAAUUGAGCACCAUUCUUCUCACCGAUUCCGUAUCUUAUCCACCCUCAAUUGCAUUCUCGACGUCGGUAGUGAGUGGUGACAGUAGGACCCCUUCGUUGGUACCAGUCACACCUUCGUUCCGUGACAGUACCCUUGGGGAUUUUAGCACCUUUAUGGUUACAGAGACAAUUGCGGAUUCAUUUUCUGAGUCAAUGAUGACCAGUAAGGAGAUUGAAACCACUUCUUUGGAAUCGAUUCUACCAUCCUUGGCAUAUAGCACCGUUAUGGAUUCGAGUUCUUUUCUAAUAACCGAUACAAUCAUUGAGGAGUCAUCAAUGUCGCCCUCUACGGUGGAGUUUCACCCUCCGCCAUCAACCAUGUCAUUCCCAUCAAGCCUUAUGCCGAGUAUGCCGACAUUUACACCAAUGGUGCCUUCGUCCUUGCAGACACCUUACCUUGAUACAUCAUCCAUUCUAAUAACCACCACGGUAGAUAUAGAAACCCUGUUUUCAAUGAGUAGCUUUGAUGGGCUGUCUUCAUUCCGUACGGACUUCUCUGAAAUAUCUGUGACUCGUGUGUCGUCUGCUUUUGUGUCAUCUGAUUAUCUCACAGAAACACUAGUCACAUCCAACAUUGUUUCUGUAAAUGCUACUGAUACAUUACCAGGGACAAAAACAAGUACAGACUACUCCACCCUCCUUAUAAUAAGCAGUGAUUCCGUCGUUCACACUUCACCUAGUACAUCAUUUGAAACAAUAACAACCAAAGUUGUAGACCCCGUUGCUUCUUCAGAACUGACAUCAUCGGAGUCUCUUCAGAUAACAAGCAUGGACACCUCCCUGUAUACAACGUUCCAGGAUACGUUAGUCAGUGAAACAUUGCUCAUACCGCCAACGACUGUACUGGAAUAUUCAUCCAGUGCCCAAAUGACUCCAAUCAUCCCACCUUCUUCCAGUCUAAUGCCCGGAAUGUCAACAUCAAACAUCUAUGAAACCGUUUCGUCCGCAACAACAGAUUUCAUGCCACCACUCUUUAGUACAUUCGAUAUUAGUACAUCAUCUAUUGGUAUCUUACCAAGUCCUUUAACACCUGUAGGUGCUACGUCAAUUAGAACAACUGCUGAAGCUUCAACUGACAGUUCUAGUUUCCUAGAAACCUUGUCCAUUAUCACACCAACAAGUGAAUUGUACCAAACGAUAUCAAGUCCAAUGGCUACAGAUAGUCCUACAAUCUCAAGUAGCGAGAGCAAUCCUCUUAACUCCAUCCUCACGCUGGACUACAGCUCUUUUUCCACACCACCAUUUACGGCAGUGACUCCUUUAGAAACAACUGAUUAUGUGAUACCCAGCACACCUGACGCAAUCACACCUUCAACACAAAUACUUUUUUCGACAGAGAUGACAUCUUUACCGUCGAGUAGUUAUGCGGAGAUAGAGACGUCAGCUGUAACAAGUGAAGUAAUGACAGAUACAGUCAGUCGUGGGUACUCGAUGAUGUCAUCGGUUGCUCCUACGUCAACAAUCCUAGUCCCAAGUUCAACUGAUCCUAUCCUGAGCGAAUCAAGUAGAGUGUUAGAGUCAUCAACGUUGCCAGAAACGCCACCUUUGACUUCUUUCCCAUCUACAAUCCCCAGUCUAUCACAGUCAGAAAAAUAUCCAUCUACAUUUUUUACACCAAGUGAAUCACUCCUGUCAACUAGUGCGGAAUAUCAAGCAACCGCUUCAGUGAUCAUGUCGACACGAUCUCAGUUGGUCACAUCAAGUAUCCCACCUACAACUCUUCCUGCUGCCACGACAACUGAAUCUCCAAUCGAGGUACCAUCUGAGUUUCAACUUGUGAUGGAAAUCAAGGUUUCUACCUCCGAGGACAUCAUGGCUGAAGACUUUUCUGAUAAUCUCUCCAACAACCUUGAAAUCCUGUACAUAGAAGCUGGAAGCAAUAUUCUUGAAAGGCGACGUAGAAGUAACCUGGAAGUAGACUCGCAUUUGGAAAUCCCUUCAGACGAGGAAUGGAUAUUCACCAGAAAACAACAAACCUAUGGAGAACGUAAUAGAAGGCAGCUUCUAGCCUUCCAAGGGAUGCUCAGAGCCAAGGUGCAGCCCGUAUUCCAGCCGUCAAAAGGCGAUUCUUCUGCUGAAAUAGAAUGGAUGUUCGUCUCAAAGCAGAUUGGCAAAACAAGUGUAGGGCUAGACGUCACAAGAACAAGUAAUAUUCGGAGGAAAAGGCAGACUGAUCUUUCGGAUGAAGUAGAAGUGCCGAUAUUGACGUUGUCACGUCCUGAUGAUGUUGACCCGGAGACCGUUACUUUGACCUUUUACGUAACGGAAAAUGAUACAAUGGUUUUAGCUUCUGAGGCAGCAACCACGUACGGCAGUCUGACUGAAGCGGAGAUGAGUGCCCAGUUAGGUUACGCUGUAAGAAGCAUGCCACACCCAGUAGUACCGGCCCCAACUACUACCCCAGACUACCCCUACACCAUACCACCCGCCAACCAGGCCGACUGGCUAAAGGUAGCCCUGAUCAUCGAUACUGCCUUUGACGAAACCAAUGCAACAUUUCAGAAGCAACUGCGGAACGACCUGGAGUUCCUCUACGUCAAUGGCAGUGCUAUAUUAGAGACCAACUCAGCAAGGACAAGACGGGAUGUUAAGAUGGAGUAUCCCGGCGAUAUGGUCUUUCAAGGGGACAAUCUGGUUCGGGAAAGGAGAGCCGCAGACCCAAGCUCCUUGACGGAAGUGGCUCUGGAAUCAGUCGAUCGGUCACAAGCUGAAGGAGAGGACGUUGAUGUGGUGUUCUAUGUCGUUGAUCAAGGAAGUGUGGUUCCUGGGGCUACAGCCUUGAUUCCAUACCAGCAGUUCAGUCUUCAGGAGCUAGAGGGCGUUCUAGGAUAUCAGGUGGUAUCUCCAGGGGUGACCCUCUUCUUGACUGCCACGCCCACUGGUCUUGAUUGGUGGUGGUAUCUCCUGAUAGCCCUUGCAGCUCUCUUUCUUCUUAUAGUCAUCUUCCUCAUCAUCUACUUCUACUGCUGGUCUAAGAAAACAGCAAUUAAGUCAUUGGAUAAAGUGGACCGUUCCACAUCAGUUGAGCUUGGAUUCCUUCGACUCGAGAAGGAAACAAAGCCAAAACUCGUUGUCAUGGAGACAGUUCUUGAGGAGAAAACUUCCAAGAGAGGCCAAGUUAACGGAAGCGCAUCUCGAGAGGCGGGCAAGGAAAGACUUACAGAAGAUGGGACUCAAAAAUAUAAAAGGAAAAAGAAAAGCAAACGAGCAAAGGAAUCAACGAGGGAGUAUGCUAAAAGAGGCUAUUUGAGUGAUGAGGAUGACCAGCUGUUCAGUCAUGUCGACGUCCAUGCGACCAAGCCAAAGACCAAGAAACCGCCAGGUGCCUCGAGAGUACAGAACAACAUGGUUUACCCUGAAGCCGAGAGACUCCCGCCACUCAAACACCGAUCACUGGUAGCCUACUCGGAGACAGAGAGUGAACUUAGUAACGAGCAGCUUCGGAUGAUGAGAAGGGCGGGGAUGCCGAAGUCCUGGUAUACAACACAUAUUGACAAAGAUCCGGAGGAGCUGAAAAAGGACAUCGCAAGAGAGAAGAAGAAACAAAGAAAGAAGAAGGAAAAGAAAAUCCAAGACCAACUGACGGCAGAGCAAAUGCAAAAAGAGUUUGAUGCAGUUCUUGAUGGAAUGGAUGAACAAGGAAUUAAGAAUCCAACUGCAAGACAGCUGCAAUAUACAAGGACGGAUCGUUGGAAACCUAAGGUUGUGAAGAGGAAAAGUGAAAUUCCUGAAUCAGCAGGAGACAUCGACGAGUCUGCAGUGAGACUGAUCAGAACACGCCCUCUGGAGUCUGAGGCUCCACCGGUGCCAAAUCAUGAAGAUAUCAAACGGGAAAUCGUGGAGCUUCUGAAAAGAGGUCCUCCUAAAGCCGUCCGAGGACCUUUCUCUAACACAGCAUCAGUGUCUCAGGAGGAAGCUAAAGAGGCUGUUGAGAAGAAGGAGAGGGAGGUCAGACUUCGGAGAAAAUGGGCCGAGGAGAGAAAGAGACUAAACCGCAUUUUAGAUGAAGCCUUUGCUCUGAGUUCCACUAGUCUAGGUAAUUCAGGAGAUCAAGCAAAAGGGGACACGGCAUCUGGAAGCAACGGGAAUGACAGUAUAGGAGCCAGAGAGUUUGGUAAAGACUUAGAAGACUCGGGUUAUCUUCGACGUCAUGAUUACUAUGGUUAUAAUAGACUGGAUGAUAGCAUCAUACCUGGCAUGAUUCCUGGAAGGCUGUCCAUGUCAGCUCGGAGCAUCCCUCUUUAUGAGACAAGCUUUGGACUUGAUAGUGGUGAGCACCUCUAUGACUCGAUCCGGAGACCGCCCAUAGAGUACGAGUUUCUGCCGUCGCAGAUGCGAUCUGAUGGCACCGUACCUGCGUAUGGGGUUAGCGUUUCUCCGGUUCGGGCGCAGAGGGCGCGUGUCUCGCCGUAUCCUGUGCGGGAUUUUCUUGGUGUUGACCCACACAGGAGCUUGAACUCUUCUUUAAAUAGUAGCCUACAGCCCAUGCAGAUAACACCCCGGAAUCAACAAAUGGAUAGAACUAUAGAAAACGACCAUCAUUAUCAGAAUGACGAUCGAGGGCAAGACAUUAUCCGUGUUCAAGAAGAGAAUCUGUCACUUCAAAGACUUGUAGCAAAGCAACAGCGGGAGUUAGAUCAUGCUCUAGCUCUGAUUGGACAGCCGAAUUCCAGAAUUGACCAACCACAGAAGAGUAGCAGUAAGGAGGAGAAGGUUGGAUCUAAUGGUCGAAAACAGCGUAAGAUCGUUCCAGUUAACUCAUCAAAACCUCUCAACGGCCCAAGUUCAGUAUCAGCUUGGACGGAUGACCACAAGGCCGUAGAGAAGAAAUCCCAUCCACUGACCUCAACCCCCAACAAAGACAACCUAAUUAAGGUUAAACCAAAGCCUUCACAGAAGGAGGGAAGUGUAGUCUUGGAACACCAUAUAGAAAAGCCAGGUAAAGACUCGGGAAGUGUUAAAAUCUAAUCAGCAACCCAGUAAGCAGCUGAUCGAUGCACAAUCAAGCAGAGAAUUCAGGGCAUUAUGUAAUACAAGAAAACCAACAAGAUACGACUGAAAUAAUGUGGUUCUAAUGUAGAAGAGGCUCUUUUUAGUUUGUACAAAUACGUAGAGAGUUAUUAUCCUUCUUAAUUGAAACCAAACAUGACUCAGUGUUGCUUUAUUGCCGGCUCAUUGCAUUAUGCAGGAGGGGGGGGGGGGUUCGAAGGGAGAGAUAAGAAUGCAUACAAUGCUUGAAACCCAACAAAAGCUGGGGGAAUAUUUUACAAAAUUAAA